UUUUUUUUUCAUCCUCAAGAAUUCCGAAGAACAUCUCAUAUUCUCAUCUGCGAAGAAGACGACGACGAAAGUAAAGGAGUAGCGAAAAGGGCAAUCUGCAAGUUCAGACCCAUCAAAAAUGGCGGAGAACAAGAGAGAAGAGAUGGGAUUAUCAAAAGAGUACAACUUGGAUGCGAAAUGGGAUGCUUGCCUUGAUCUUUCUCUUCGCCGCUUUGUUUACGCCUCCGUCGCCGGCGCUUUCACUGGCCUCCUCCUCUUCCGGAGUCCUGCAACUCGUUGGGCUUCUGUGGCUUUUGGCGCUGGAGCUGGUCUUGGAUCUGCAUACUCAGACUGCUCUAGAUUGUUUGACAAACCCACAGAAAAUUUGAGGCCUUCAAACAUCUCCGAAACCCCUGUUUCUCAGGAUGUGCAGGAGUGACUUUUGAGUUGAACUACAUUACACAGGGCUGAGGAACCAGUGAGAAGGGCUUGUUACUUCAGUUCACUUUACAUGACUCUUAUCCUACUGUAAUACCAAAAAAUUGUUUUGCCGGGUCAUUUACCCCAAUGUACCGCAAAUUUCUGAUGAAACAAUUCUUUUUUGUCUUGUAAUGUUACUAUGAUUGGUAGUUUCAUCAAUCAGGAGAAUGAAAAAUGAAAAGAAAGAAAAAUAAAAUUCUAUA